AUAAAUUCCAAUAUGUCUCAUUCAAGGAUACAGUUGAUUGUUCAAGAUGAACAUGUCGUAAUGGACAAUGGCAUUCUCCAAGUCACAAUAUCAAAACCUGAUGGCAUCGUUACUGGAAUAUGUUAUAAUGGCAUUGACAAUCUUCUUGAAGUUCUCAAUGAAGAAGAAAAUAGAGGGUACUGGGACAUUGUAUGGAGCCCAGAAGGAAGCACAGGAACAACAGGAACUUUUGAAAGGAUCAAAGCCACAACUUUUAAGGUUAUUUUGGAGGCCGAAGAACAGGUAGAGCUUUCAUUUUCAAGAACGUGGGAUACAUCGUUAGAAGGCAAGCUAGCUCCUCUGAACAUAGACAAAAGGUUUGUAAUGCUGAGUGGUUCCUCUGGCUUUUACUCCUAUGCUGUCUAUGAACACUUGAAAGAGUGGCCUGGAUUCAACCUUGAUGAAACAAGGAUAGCUUUCAAGCUCAGAAAGGACAAGUUCCAUUACAUGGCUAUAGCUGACAACAGGCAAAGGUACAUGCCCUUGCCUGAUGACCGGUUACCAGAUAGAGGCCAAGAACUCGCAUAUCCUGAAGCAGUCCUACUUGUGAACCCUGUGGAGCCAGAGUUUAAAGGGGAGGUGGAUGACAAGUAUCUGUACUCGUGUGACAACAAGGAUCUCAAGGUCCACGGAUGGAUUUGUAUGGAUCCACUUGUGGGUUUCUGGCAGAUUACUCCAAGCAAUGAGUUCAGAUCCGGCGGACCCCUUAAACAAAAUCUGACUUCUCAUGUUGGUCCAACAAACUUAGCUGUGUUUCUCAGUGCUCACUAUGCGGGAGAGGAUUUAGUGCCCAAAUUUCAACGAGGUGAACCAUGGAAAAAGGUUUUUGGACCAGUUUUUUUGUAUCUCAAUAAUAUUUUGGAAGGAGAGGAUCCGUGUUUACUUUGGGAGGAUGCUAAGAAACAGAUGAUGAUCGAAGUGAAUUGCUGGCCGUAUAGUUUUCCAUCCUCGGAGGACUUCCAAAAAUCAACGCAGCGUGGUAAUGUUAGCGGAAGACUAUUAGUUCAAGACAGGUUCGUCAGUAAUGAUCCUUUACCAGCCAGUUGUGCUUAUGUGGGCUUGGCUCCACGAGGAGACGUGGGAUCCUGGCAAAGAGAAUGCAAGGACUACCAAUUUUGGACAAAAGCAGACACCAAUGGUAAUUUCUCCAUCACUAAUAUACGUACUGGAGACUAUAACCUCUAUGCAUGGGUGCCUGGUUUUAUUGGUGAUUAUAAGAGUGAUGUCCCUAUCACCAUAACUUCAGGGUGUAAAAUUGAAAUGGGUGAUCUUACUUAUCAGCCUCCCAGAGAUGGACCUACAAUAUGGGAAAUAGGCAUCCCUAAUCGUUCUGCGAGAGAGUUUUAUGUUCCUGAUCCUAACCCAAAUUACAUCAAUAAACUUUACACCAUUCACCUUGACAGGUUCAGGCAAUAUGGACUGUGGGAGAGGUAUACAGAGUUGUAUACUCAAAAUGACUUGGUGUAUACCAUUGGCCAGAGUGACUAUAGGAAAGACUGGUUCUUUGCUCAAUUCAACAGGAAAAAGGAUGACAAUACAUAUCAAGGAACCACUUGGCAGAUCAAGUUCGAACUUGACAGUAUCAGUACUGGUGGCAACUACAAAUUGAGAGUGGCACUUGCAUCUGCAGCACAAGCCAUUCUGCAGGUUCGCGUGAAUGAUCAAAAUACAGAAAAUUCUCCUCUAUUUUCAAGCGGGUUGAUAGGGAAAGAUAAUUCGAUUGCAAGACAUGGGAUUCACGGCCUCUAUUGGCUAUUCAAUCUCGACGUUCCCAGCACGUUGCUUGUUUCAGGGAGCAAUACAAUCAAUUUGACUCAGGCAAAUGGCACCAGCCCUUUGCAGGGACUCCUGUAUGAUUAUAUUCGCUUGGAAGGACCCUAA